UGUUGCUAUUCUGAUCUAAAGCCAAAUGCACAGGAGGACAGAGACAUGGAAUCUGUGUCUGACAGCCCAGGUCAUGCUCAAGAGCCAUUAAAGAGUUGCACAUUCUCCCCGAAGAACAAUGCUGUAGGUCUGUCCUCAGAUGAACAUGAAAACCCUUUAAAUGGAACCCAACCGAAUCCAUUUGUAUACAGCAGUGUCCCUGCUGUUCCCCGUGCAGGCAAUUCAUUGCCUUCAGGAGCACUUGUUAAUGGACCUGUGUCCUGGAUGCCACGUGGCAAGCAGGAGAAGGACAUGAGCCCUGAGGUGUUGCCACCACCCAGCGAGCUUCAAUCAGAUGCUCGGAAGAAAACAGCAGGGCCCGUCAUGAAAACACUGGCCACACAGCCAGGUGUCAACAUGCCACUGUCUCAAUCGGAGACGAAUGAGUCUAAACUGGCCUAUUCCACCCUGUCAGGUGACAGUGUAAAGCAAAUGCACAUUAGACAACCUUUAACUAAACAGACAAUAAAAACAAGCACUCCACAGGAAAUGGGAUUCUUCAAAAGAGGGUUUUCACAAAACAACAUAAGGCUGGAGACCAAAGUGAUGCACCAAGGAGACAUGAAGCACAAUAUGUAUAAAACAAGCAUAUCAGGCUGUCAAGACAAGGUUAACAGCAGCUACAGACAUUUCUUCAGUGGUAAUGGAGUUGAAAAUGUUUACAAAAGCAACAGCAAUUAA